UCUCUUGAAGGAAGGAAGAAUGAUUCUGUGGAAGGACCUCCAGGAAUUGGCUACCUUGAGCUGUAUUUCCAGCUCUGCCGUUCUCUGAGUGAAGGAUGCCGAGGAAGAAGAAGCCCACAGAGGGCCUGGACUCUCGAGGUCAGGAUGGGGAGGAAGAGGAGGAAGAGAAGAGGAAGCCAGCUGAUAACAAGAAGAAACGUAGUUUUGUGGAUGCGUUUAUCGUUAUAUCUGACAGUGAUGGAGAGCAGGAGCCAAAGGAAGAGAGUGGAUUGCAACAGAAGAGAACAAAACAGCAGCUGGAUAGAACGAAGUUUGCUGCUAAAAGAAAAAUUGCACAGAUGACUGAAGAGGAACAGUUUGCACUGGCCGUGAAAAUGAGUGAGCAAGAAGCCAGACAAGUGAACUUUCAGGAAGAGGAAGAGGAGGAGCUCUUGAGGAAGGCCAUUGCUGAGAGCCUUAAUAGCUGUCAGCCCUCAAACUCCUCUGAUGCGACCCCUCAGUUAUCUGCAGAAGUGCUGGGCAUACGAGGCCAAAGCCAACCCACUGGGAAAGAAGGCUCUGAGAUCCUGGGAGGUCUGGCUCUUUGCCCUGACACCCCGUGCUCUGAGAGCAGCUCCCACUCGCAGAGCACCAGAGCUGAUGGGAAUGGACAGAUGGAUGUCGCCCGGAGCCCCCUGGUAGUGUUGAGGAGGUUAAGCCAGGAAAUUGUUGAAAGCUCACUAAUAUCCAGCAUAAUUGUGUCUCCGGGGAAGGGCCAGCCUGUGACAAGGUCAAGCGAAAAGCCUUUCUCACCAGCAAAAAGUGAUUCUGGUAACGUGUUACCCAGCACACUUGGAGAGGAUCUCAACUCUUUGAGCCCCACCUUUGGCAGGGUGACUUCAGGCUCCUGGCGACUGGCACCUCGGAGACUGUUCACAAGCUCCCCCAGCUCUUCUGAAGCAGCAGGCUGUGAACCAAAAGAGCAGCCCCUGCCCUGCAUUGGCCAUUCUGCAGGAGAAGCCAGUGCCGGGAGCUCAGCCACACUCUGGAAGAGCUGGACCACAGAACAGUGUGGCAGCCCCAGGAGGAGUGGUGGAGGAGCAGGUACCCCCAGAGCCUGUGUUUCCACAGAGCAAGCAGAGCAGAACAAGGUGUCUGGCAGUACCCCUGAGCUUUGCUUGCUGAAUGUGGCAGAGGAGAAGCACAAGCAGGAGGAGGUGAGAGACACAGUGCACUAUUACUGGGGCAUCCCCUUCUGCCCCAAAGGGGUGGACCCCAACCAGUACACCAAAGUCAUCUUGUGUCAGCUGGAGGUUUACCAGAAGAGCCUGAAGCAGGCUCAGAGGCAGCUAUUGCAUAAGAAGGAGUUUGGAAACCCGGUUGUGCCGAGUUCUUCCUUGAGCCAAAAUGAGCUUGGGAAAGGAGAACAAACAAGCAGGGAGAACGGGAUUGUUAAUGAUACAGAAGAUGGAGACCCAAAUGGGCAGAAGGAGUCUGAGAGCAACACCUGGCUUCUCCUUUCAAAGAGGAGAGACGCAGAGAGUCCAGGGCACAGCAUGGAGGAAAAGAACUCCACUUCUGAUGAUGAACCAACCACCAGCUACUGCCAGGCCUCCCAGGUGCUGCCCACAGAGGAUGUCCAUGAGCACAGGGAGCCCAUGCAGACUGCACAGAGCAUUUCUGUGUUGACCCCACUUGGCAGUAAGAGGAGCCCAGAUAUUGCUACAGAAAACUCUACUGAAGAAGAGAUCUCUGUUUGCCCAGAAACCCAGCCAAGUCCACUGGAAGCUGUUGAGGCAGAGAGGGAAGAGCUCUGCUUGGGCACUGGGGAUGCACCUAUGCAGGCUGGUGAAAAUGAAGGUGCUGGCAGGACUGUGUUGGAGAACAGUCCUGCAGCUGCUGACCAUGUGUUAUGCCCACUGUGUGACCAAGGCUUUCCAGCUGCAGAGAUUGAGCUGCAUGCCAUGUACUGCAACGGCGUUGGAGAGGAGGAUGGCGGGGAGAGUCCAGUGCUCACCCGGCAUCAGAGGGAGGCAAGACGUAAAGCUGCCAGUGGAGAAAGUGGCCCAACAUCCUUAGACACUGACAAGUUUGAGAAGUGCUACCUCUGUAAGUCACUGGUGCCACUGCUGCAGUAUCAGAGGCAUGUGGACAGCUGCCUUCAGGCUGCUAGGCAAGCUCAGGGAACCAGGAGGCUGCGAAGCACCAAGGAUGCUGGAAGGCAGGAGAGGGGACUCCUCAGGAUGCUGGAGCUCUCAGAGAGCGGGUCUGCAGGUGGUGAUGCGGGGACCACCCUCUCUGAACUAGGAGACCAACAGUCCCCUCCUGCACUCUCAGACAGAGCUGGGGGGGCAUCAGCACACAGUCCCAGCUCCCUUCAGCACCUUCCUUUUGACAUCUCCUCUGCAAAACCCUCCUUGGAAGCCAUGGACUGUGCAGUGGACUUGGAGCCACACACAGCUCUUCACUUGGGCAGUCAGCAACAGACCAAAGGCUGCCGGCGGAGAAGGCGCAAGUUCUGAGGCCGGUGGUGCAGAGGGCACCCCCCCCCCCGGCUCCCUGCACCCCGACAAGGGUCUGUGUGGCACCAUACCCCUGCUUCAACUGCAGCCUUCUUCUCCCACCCCCCUUUUCUAUGUUUUCUACAACCUGUGCAGGGAGUGCUGGGUGGAGAAGUGACUGUGUGUUUUAUAGGUGCCUGUGCAGCUUUGCUCUCUGUUAAAGAAAUGGAAAUAUAUUUAUGUAUGUUUUUAUGAAACUGCAGCAACACGGA